GCGUCAAUUGAAGUGGCGGUGCAAUUCGAAAAAUUUCAGGGCAAGACAGACAAGACAAGACAGGACAGCAAAGGGUUAAGCUAAUGGCCGAGACGAAGUCGGCGACGCACCCUCGGCUUGCCGGACUGACGCAACUUGGUGUAAGCGGUGGAGGAGGAGCGGCCCCGAGCCCCUCGGCGGUGAACUCGUAUCGUGUUUCCUCUGUCAUUGAUCUUUUAUACCGUCAUGUCCAAGGCAUCCGCAAAAGCGACCACAACGAGUUCUUCAAUCUCUGCAUUGCCCUCGCUAGAAGCAUUGAUUUUGCCAUUGCGUAUAACGAGGUUCCAAGCAGAGCUACAGAGUUGCCUUUACUUCUAAAGCAGUUGUGCCAAGAUACAAAAGAUAUCUACCUGAAAGCAGCAGUUAUGGUCUUGAUGAUUUCCAUCAAGAGUGCUUGUCGAAGUGGGUGGUUUCCUAUUGAAGAUUCUGAAGAACUUAACAAUGUUACAAAGGAGGUUGCUAGUAGUUUUUCUGUUGCAGAAUUUAGCACUGUUCCAAGCAGCUCUCAUCCUGUUGUGUCAACUGUCAUGGCGAGAUUCUAUCCCAAAUUGAGGAUGGGGCAUGUAUUUGCUUUUAUUGAAGUCAAGCCUGGAUUUGAUGUAUAUGUGGCUGAUUUCCAGCUCUCAAAGGAUUUUAAGCCUUCUCCGGGAGAUAAAAUUAGUUUAUUUGUUGCCCAAACAGAUAAUAUCGAGACAUCAGCCUGCCUUGUUAGUCCUGCCAAAGUAAACUUUCUCUUGAAUGGAAAAGGAGUAGAGAGAAGGAUUAAUAGUAACGUGGACCCAGGGCCGCAAAUUCCAACAGUUGUAAAUAGUUUUCUGAAGUAUGGGACAAAUUUUCUCCAAGCUGUGGGAGAUUUUAAUGGAAAUCAUAUUGUUGCAGUUGCUAUCAUGAAACAGAACUCAAACACUGAUAUUAGUGCCCUGCAAGAUCAUGAGGAGCAGCCUAAAGCUGUUGAUUCAGAUUCUGAUAUACUUGAGGGGGCAUCAAGGAUAUCACUGAUCUGUCCUAUUAGCCACCAGCGUAUUGUGACUCCUGUAAAAGGACACUUAUGCAAUCAUAUGCAGUGUUUUGAUUACAACAGCUAUGUAGAGAUCAAUUCAAGAAAACCUUCAUGGCGCUGCCCAUGUUGUAAUCAGCACGCCUGCUUCACUGAAAUCCGCAUUGACCAAAAAAUGGUCAAGAUCUUGCAAGAGGUUGCGCCAAACAUCUCCAACAUAAUUAUCUCCUCUGAUGGUUCGUGGAAUGCAGUCACGGGAAGUGAUGAUACAGUGGAAAAGCCACGGAUCGAUAUUCCCAGCUUAGGAGAGGAUGAGCCUCCAAAAGGACCACAACCUCCUGAUAUAUUGGACCUAACGCAGAUUGAUGAUGCAGUGGAUCUUACUAAAACUGGCGGAACUGAAGACAUGAAAAAUGUUGUCCAUCGUCAAGUUGUUAGCCAGAAUACAGGUCAUGCCAAUGCUCAAGCUCAACCUAAUGCACAGCAUCAAUUUGGAAAUCCAUCUGCGAGUAAUGAAUUUGGAAGGCCCCCGUGGGUGAUGCCCGGCCAUGUAACCCAAAUACCAGCUCCAGUUCAAGACCCGAAUUCUGGCAUCCAUCAAAGUUCUAGAAAUGGGGAUAAUAAUUUUAUCCCGAGUACUUUGCCAGCAAUUUCACAGACCAGUGCCACAGGAAUUCCUGUUCCCCUCUCAUCUCUGGCCGUCCAACAAACCUUGAGACAAGCUAUGGAGUCUUUCAGCCAAAACAAUUUUCUGCCAGCCCGGUCAUCAUCCCCUGCUGCCUCAAUCAUGCCGACAACACACAGCACACCAUCCCCGACUCCUAUGUACCAACAGAAUUUUAGAAAUAGUUUCUCCACAGCUUCACAACCCACUCCUGCUGCGCCCAUUAUCACCUCAGCACCUCAUGCAAAUCCUAGGCAUGCUUCAUCAGUUAAUCUGCCUCCAUAUCCGCAGCAGCACGUGCAGCAAAAUCCAUUCCAACUUCAGUUGAUUGCAGCUGCCAACCGAACUGCACAGAUGUCUGCUGGGAUGAUGAGAGGCUCUCCCUCCUUCCCAAGAAAUUUGGAGACGCCUAAUUUGCCGUCACCAGAAGAUCUUAGGGCCACUACUUUAACAGCAUCACAACCUGCCAACACCAGGACUGAAACAUAUGAUCCCAAUGAUCGGAACUGGCGACCUACAGCCAGGAUGCGUGGGGCCCUAUCUGGCCAAGCUUAUGCCGAUGCCCUGUACCAGCAUAUUACCCUGGCGAGGCAGCAAGUUCAAGCACCUAGGGCAAUUCCCAAUACGUUCUACCAUCAAACUAAUGCCCCCGCGCAAGUGCAAACCUCUGCCGGUGUUUCUCAGGCUGUUGAACCUAGCGAUACCAUUUUAAUACCGGAUCCUUUUGUUGACUCAAACGGGAUGCUCUGAUUAGUAAAAUCUCCGGGUAUGGCGCUCUCCCCUCAAACUCUCUAGUUCUGUAAUAUUUCUUUACUUUCCGUUGAUAAUUUAGAUGAAAUUACUGAUGCUGCAUGGGAGGGCAUGAAUUGAAAUCUCACUUCGUUCAUAUUUGAGAAAGAUUAGUGGCAGAGAACUCUACUUUUGCCAAUUAAAUCUUUUCAUUUUGGCCAAUCUGUCUCUAUAUAUAUAUAUAUAUAUAUAUAUGUAUGUUUGUCUGUAUGUAUGUAGCUAAUCUCAAAUUCUAUCAAUUUGUCAUAUUUGAAUUAGCAAUUUAAGU